AUGGGCAUCCGAACAACAAACUUUCAUAUUCCCACCAUCAACAUUGCCUCUUACCUCCGAGAUCCAACGUCUGAUGCUGCUGCGCGGGUUGUCCGCGAUGUGCGGAACGCCUGCGUGAAUGUGGGGUUCUUCUCGCUGAUAGGUCACGGCAUACCAAGAGAGACACGAAGGGGUGUGCUGGAGGGUGCGAAGAGGCUGUUUGGCCUGCCGCUGGAGGAGAAGCUGGCCCUCAAGCACCCGCGGCUCAAAAAUAGAGGGUACGAGCUCAUUGGGUCCCAGUCGCUGCAGGAAGGUACCCUCCCAGACCUGAAAGAGGGUUUCUACAUUGGCAAGCACAUGCCAGCAGACUCGGAGAAAGCCAAAGCACACCCGCACCUUUUGGGAGAGAAUAUCUACCCACCCAGUCUCUCCGUGUCCGAGUUUCAGCGUCCCAGUGAGAUCUACUAUUCCGCCGUGUUGGAUCUGUCGCUCAAGGUGUUGGACAUCCUUGCCAAGGGCCUGCCCUAUGGCGACGGCAUCUUCCGCGACUUUGUCUCUAAUGACCCGGUCUGCACUAUGAGACUGCUUCACUACCCUCCACAGCAAUCACGAGAUCAGAGGCAACUCGGCGCAGGUGCUCAUACGGAUUUUGGCGCCAUCACCCUCCUCCUCCAGGACUCGUCCGGCGGUCUUGAAGUCUUGGAUGACUCCACAGGUACCUGGCAUGCUGUGGAUCCCAAUCCUGACGCCUACGUUGUCAAUAUAGGCGAUAUGCUUUCGCUGUGGACCAAGGGCAUCUAUAAGAGCGCCACGCACCGCGUCAUCAACAGGAGCGGCGGGGAUCGGUACUCGGUGCCGUUCUUCUUCGAUGGCAACGCCGAGGUCAAGCUGCGUCCAUUCGAUGGGAGCGAGCCUGUUGGAGGGCGUGUCGUCACUGUCGAAGAGCACAUGCUGGAACGUUUGGGAACAUCUUAUGCACGGGUUGAACAGGGUGGGCAGGUCGUUUCUGCUUCUGCUUGAGAACGUGAUUAUCAUUAUUCAGCCUCGACUUCCUCUCUCUCUCUCUCUCUCUCCCUCUCUCUCUCAAUGAGAUCAUCAUGCA